CUUUUAUAGGUCUAUGGACAUGAUCAAAAUCGAAAGUAGGAUUGUCCCAACAAAAACAUUUUUUAAUCUGGUAUGAUCCGAACUUUCCUUAUAUUAAUAUGACCCGAUAAUUACGGGUACUGGUGUUGUUUCUGUUGGUAUCAAUAUUAUCAUGAGAAUGUAACACCGGGAAGAGAAAGAAAGAAGAAGAAGAAAGAAAUGACAGAAAAUCUUGUGUGUUAGAAUGGGAAAAUAUUCUGUGUUGUUCCUCAUUUUACAGUUAUUAAAAAUAACUCAAGUUGAGACAUUCACUAAACCUUGUAAUGCAUCCCUGCUGACAGUUUCCAUUGUUACCCGUUGUCCCACAGACGAAGCAUCUUAUAACAUAUCUGCCCGCCAAAAGAACUGUUCAUCAUUGGUGGAUAGCAGCAGUUGUGAAUCCUUCGAAUACCAUUGUGUUUUGAGCGAAGAUCUCAAUAGUGCCAUUGAAGUAUGUGCGCCAUCAUUUUUUAUAAUAGGACAUGCCUGUGCUAUGUUCAGCACCACUCUCCAGAGCAUUAUGAGGGUAGACAACAUGACUUGUGGGAAUGACACAGCAGGAUGCCCAUUCUCCUACCACUCUACCACUUCAUAUAAGUAUCGGCACUGCAUCCCAACAGAAAAACAGAUUUAUACUACAGAGGCCACAAAAAGAACAAGCAAUUCCAUCACCAAAGGUGAAAUAAAGGAGCAAUCAGAUGACAUGAACUCGGUCGUCAUAGUAAUAGUUGUCGUGAUUCUCAUAAUUGGGGGUACGGCUACUGUACUGUUACUAAUUUACUUUAUGCGCCGCCCAAGAAGAAGACGAGCCCCAGAAGCCAAUCCAGUUAAUCAAAACCUACCGCAACCAAGAGGUGAAAAUGAAUUACAAGAUGAUGGUAGCACAAACAGUAACCACCAGGCGAUGGCUAAGAUAGAUGUAGAUACAACGGAAAAGAACAAAAGAGUAAUGCUGAAAUGCUCAAUGAAUUUUCUCACAAAGAGUCUGGUAAAUCCUGCCGAAACAUGGACUAAGGAUAAAAUCAAACAGCAUGUCAAAGGCAUGAUUAAUGACCUAGAAGAUGCAAAAGAAACGGAUCUUCUUAUUGAGUUUAUCAGAACAAUAGAUCAAGAUCCAAACAUUCAAACAACUUUAAUAAAAUGUGGAGUGGAAAUGUUUGAAUUAAUAUCCUCAGUCCAGCAAAGAUAUAAUGCAACAAAGGUUCAAAUCAUCAAUGGAUGUGUCUGUUUCGUUUUUUCUUUUGCUGAUGAGAAGAGUAUGGAGAAACUGUUAAAUGAUUUUUCCGAAAGAGGCAAACAUUUUAGGAAUUGCAUUUCUAAAAUUUUGUUGAACCAAACAUUCUUAGGUAUCUUUCAAAUACAUCCAAAGACAGUCACAUGGAAGGCAUGUGAACUCAAAGUUUACAAAGGAGCAAAAGAAGUAGAACACAUAAAACCAGAAAAACCUGGAACCUUGAAAUAUAUGUUGGAUAUGGAAGAAGAUAUCGAGUUAGACGACCUAGAGGCACAACCAAUGUUAGAUGAUACAGCUGAACCAGGGCUGGCAAAAGAAGAAGAAGACAUAGAACCAGAAAAACCUGGAACCUUGAAAUAUAUGUUGUAUAUGGAAGAAGAUAUCGAGUUAGACGACCUAGAGGCACAACCAAUGUUAGAUGAGACAGCUGAACCAGGGCUGGGAGCAAAAGAAGUAGAACACAUAAAACCAGAAAAACCUGGAACCUUGAAAUAUAUGUUGGAUAUGGAAGAAGGUAAAUUUUUAACUUUGUUUUGAACAUAGUAUUGAUAU